AUGGAGGCCAAUCAGGAAGGCGCCGUGUCCCCACCGGAAGAGUCACCCGAAGUCCUUUCGACCGACUCUAACCGGGGCCCCGAAGAAGCUGCGGACUUGCCGGAGGCCCAGAAGGAGAAAGGGUACCGGCCCUCCAAGUCCGGCAACAUCCUCCGCGCGUGGCUGUUCCAGCACCGCCUGCACGCGUACCCGUCGGAAAGGGAGAAGCGCAUGCUGUCGCAGCGCACGGGGCUGUCGUACGCGCAGGUCGCCAACUGGUUCAUCAACGCCCGCCGGCGCAUCCUGCCACAGAUGCUGCAGAAGAGUGGCGACGACCUCUGCCGGAGCCCCCGGUCCCAGCAGAAGAGCAAGACCGAGGGCCCGACAGCCCGCGAGAAAGCCGGCUCCCCUGCGCAGGCCGACGCGGACGCGGGCGACAGAGCCCCCGGGAGCGCAGCCGCGGCCCAAGGCCCGGGGCUGGAGACGCAGCCGGAGGCGGGCGUCGAGGACGGCGCCGGCAGGCCCUCGCGGACGUCCUCUCCCGACUUCAGCAGCUUCCACCUGCUGGUGGAGGCCGCGGUGCAAAGGGCAGCAGAACUGGAGCUGGAGAAGGAGCGAGACGCCAAGCCCUGA